AUGUACCCAAGCACGUUGUCAUCUCUUUAUUCGUACGCUGUCUUUGGUGUCCCGAUGUUGCAAUGUCUGGUUGAUUUCACCAGAGGAUGCAGACAGCAACCAAAGCACAAAGAAGGUCCUGAUUCUGUCCCCCACUCCUCUUCCUCUUCUGUCCAUUCCAUCGCAUCUUCCACCGAUUGGCGAGAUAACAAAGAAACCUGGUCCUUCAAGGAAGACUAUGUCUCCUUCCCGAGUCUUGUAGAGACCGAAGACCAGACAGAAUCCCUAUGCUCAUAAUCAUCUUUUUCUCUAUUUUAUUUUCUCUAUUUUACUUAACCCGAACUAUUCUUUGUAUGUGCUGUAUAUGACUUUUUCUAUCUUUCUUUGCUUUUACUUUGCUUUCCCUUAUCCGUAUGGUUCUUGUCGGCUUACCUUCUAUGUAUAAUUUUUUAUGCCUAUGUAUUUUCCUUUGCUUGUAUAUGUAAACCUUCUCUUUUCCUAUUAAUUUUUCCCCUUUAUUUUGUGCACACUCAAGAUAUAUACAUAUAAAACACAACUUUCAAUGAUUCUAAUAAAGAUGGACUAGAAAACAGAAAUAUAUAU